AUGGCAGAGAACAAACCAAGAUAUUCUCUGGGCUCUCCUUUGGUGCAUAUUAAAAAGUGUGAAAUUCACGAUUUCUCUAUUGAUAUGAUAUGUGAGGACUGUGAUGAAUUCAUUUGUGCCAAUUGUGCUAAAACAGAUCAUAGAGAUCAUGACUGGAAAACACUACAAACGGCAGCCACCGAAAGAAGGAGAUGUCUGGUUAAUUUUUUUAGGAAGAUCAAGGAAGCGGAUCUGUCUGGGAUUAAUGAGAAGAUGGAGAAGAUGUCAAAGCAGAUCUCAGAAAAUAAAGAACUUUAUGACUCAGAGAUAAAUAAGCUACAGAAGCAUUGUGAUGAGAUAAUAUCCAGGGUAUUAAAAGCCAAACAAAAUAUUGUACAAAGAUUGAAAGACAAUUUGGAAGAAAAAAAUGAAAAGUUGAAAAGUAACAUAUUUGAGAUGGACAAAACAUGCAAAAUGAAGCAAGAAAUUGCAGAUAUAGCCACGUUCAUGGAGGAGAACCACAGCACCAUGUCGGAUUACAGCUUCAUUGACAACCACAGAGAACUGAGAAAAAUGCUCUCUGGCCUGGAUGUUGAUAUGAAGGACUGUAAACAUUCAGUGAGAUACAUUAAAGGAGAAAUCAGUGAUUUUGUACUCAAGAAUAUGAUUGGAAACACUCUGGACUUAGAUGAUAUCAGUUUGACCGAAACAAACACAUUUAAAUAUGGAGAUAACAUAGUUUUCUUGGCAUUGUGUGAAGACCUUUGCUACAUAGGGAAUAUAAAGAUCUUGUUACCUUACACUGAACAAGUAAGCAAAGAAGGUGAAAUAGAGCAUACAUAUAAUAUUACUGCUAAUGACGUGUGUGUGACUGAUACGAGUGAUGUUUAUUUUACUAAUUAUAGUAACAAUUCUAUCAGCUGCCUGUCAUCAUCAGGAUCUGUCUCUACAGUCAUCAGUACAGAUCCACUGGAACCAGAUGGAAUAUGUCAGUCAGUGGACGGCGGACUACUGAUUACAUUGAGAGACAGUGAAUCAGAUGAUUUCAAAUUAGAGUCACACAGCAGACGUCUGGUGAGACACAUCACAGUUACAGGUGACGUCUUCCAUGAGUAUGAGUACCUUGCUGGCCAGGAAGACGGUCAUACCAGACUGUUCACAUUGCCAACCAGAGUCACACAGAACAGAAACAAUGAUAUCUGUGUUGUGAACUGUACAAGUCUCAGUGCAAGUGAACUCGUGAUUAUGUCUCCUUCUGGCCGUAUAAAGUCUGUCUACCGUGGACACAACCUAUCAGUGGACUUUUAUCCAACUGAUGUACAGUGUGACUCUCUCUGUAACAUCCUUGUUACUGACCCCAACAACAAACAGAUCCAUCUGCUGAGUCCUGACGGGGAGUUCCUGAAGUUUUUACUAACAGAAGAACUAUGGAAUCAUCCAUUCAGAUUAACAAUGUACAAGUCUGCAUUGUGGGUGGGAUAUAAGGAAGGACUUGUCAAAGUGUUUCAGUACAGAUAG